UCCCUGACAGCGGGACCUGGGACCGGGCUGGGGCCCUGGCGGAUGGAGACAUGCUGCCCCUGCUGCUGCUGCCCCUGCUGUGGGGGGGGUCCCUGCAGGAGGAGCCAGGGUACGAGCUGCAAGUGCAGAAGUCGGUGACGGUGCAGGAGGGCCUGUGCGUCUUUGUGCCCUGCUCCUUCUCUUACCCCUGGAGUUCCUGGUAUUCCUCUCCCCGACUCUACGUCUACUGGUUCCGGGACGGGGAGAGCCAAUACUACAGUCAGGCUGUGGCCACAAACGACCCAGGCAGAGGAGUGAAGCCAGAGACACGGGGCCGAUUCCGCCUCCUUGGGGACGUCUGGAAGAAGAACUGCUCACUGAGCAUUGGAGAUGCCAGAAUGCGGGACACGGGAAGCUAUUUCUUCUACAUGGAGAGAGGAAAUGAUGUAAGACACAGCUACCAACAGAAUAAGCUGAACUUGGAGGUGACAGCCCUGAUAGAGAAACCCGAUAUCCACUUUCUGGAGCCUCUGGAGUCCGGCCGCCCCACAAGGCUGAGCUGCAGCCUUCCAGGAUCCUGUGAAGCGGGACGACCUUUCACAUUCUCCUGGACAUGGAAUGCCCUCAGCCCCCUGGACCCUGAGACCACCCGCUCCUCGGAGCUCACCCUCACCCCGAGGCCCGAGGACCAUGGCACCAACCUCACCUGUCAGGUGAAACGCCAAGGAGCUCAGGUGACCACGGAGAGAACUGUCCAGCUCAAUGUCUCCUAUGCUCCACAGAACCUCGCCAUCAGCAUCUUCUUCAGAAAUGGCACAGGCACAGCCCUGCGGAUCCUGAGCAAUGGCAUGUCGGUGCCCAUCCUGGAGGGCCAGUCCCUGUUCCUCGCCUGCACAGUUGACAGCAAUCCCCCUGCCUCACUGAGCUGGUUCCGGGAGGGAAAAGCCCUCAAUCCUUCCCAGACCUCAGUGUCUGGGAUCCUGGAGCUGCCCAACAUAGGAGCUACAGAGGGAGGGGAAUUCACCUGCCAGGUUCGGCACCCACUGGGCUCCCAGCACCUGUCCUUCAUCCUUUCUGUGGAGAGAAGCUCCUCUUCCUGCAUAUGUGUAACUGAGAAACAGCAGGGCUCCUGGCCCCUUGUCCUCACCUUGAUCAGGGGGGCUGUCAUGGGGGCUGGCUUCCUCCUAACCUACAGCCUCACCUGGAUCUACUAUACCAGGUGUGGAGGCCCCCAGUGGAGCAGGGCUGAGAGGCCUGGCUGAGCCCCUCCUGCUCAAGACAGAACUGAGGUGUGGACACACAGCCCUGCGGGACAGACGCAGGACAUCACUGUCAGCUUCUUUCUGGAAGCUCACAUCCCACUGACUACCCCUCUUUUCCUUCCUGCCCCAUACCCCUUCUACUUAUCCCCCUCUGCUUGUGAGUCUUGCCCCACCAUACCUGCAUCCCCAUCUGCACCCCAUCCCCUCCCCACCCCCCUUCUCUUCCCUCUCCAUCCUCCAUCUCCAGCCCUGUGAAGGGAAUGUACUUUUGGUCUUAUACCCCCAUUACC